CAAAAUAAUGUGCGAAGAUUCUCGAGCAAUCCUCGAUGAAUUAUUUGGAAAGGAGAGAAAUGUUGUUGCAAGUAAAAGGAAAAAUGAUGCUCAUUAUUGGAAUGAAGAUGUGUGCAAGAAUAUACUAGUGUCUAAGUGUUUUAAUGAUCUUUGGAAGCAUACUAAGUAUGAUCAUGAGGGAGAGUGCAAUAAGAGACAUGAUCAAUUUUUUAUUAAUGAAUUCAAUAGUGAUAAGAGUUUAAAGAAACAAUAAAGAGAAAAGAAAUACAUAGAAGAAGCAAUAGGUUUAGUAUGAACCUGAUAAUUAUAUUAGCUUACAUCCAAGAUAAGUUGAAGGAAGUAGACAAGAUAUUGACCAAACAUGAAGAGUAAGUUGAAUAAUCAAGUAAACUAUAAGUGGCUGAUCGACCUAAGGAAAUUUAAGAUAGACUUGACAAUAUGGAAAGAUAGAUUAAUCUAUUAACAGAUUAAAGUGAAAAGAUGGGGGAAUAAGGUAAGAUAGAGGAAUCUGAAAGAUUGAUAAUGGAGGCAGACAAUUUAAAGAAGGCUAGAGAAGAUGUAUUACUUGCAUAUGAGGGUACAAACAAUCCAUUUAAAACAUAUAAAAUUUGUGAGGUUUGUGGAGCUAGACAAUCUCUUUAUGAAACAGAAAACAAAGUCAAGUAUAUAUUGAGUCUUAUUCUAUUUAUUAGAACACAUUUAGAUGGAAGAAUUCAUUAAGGUUUUUCAACAAUUAGAGUAGAAUUGCAGAAAUUAUAGGUGCGUAGAUUAGUAUUGGAGAAGAUAUUAGAGGAGGAAGCUCGGAAGUAAGAAUUUAAGGAGGAUAUUGCAAAAGACAAGGAGUAAGAGAAGGAAAGAGAGAAGUUAAAAGAUAAGAAAGAAAAGGAGAGAUCAAGGAGUAGAGAGAAUUCAAGAGAAAAGAGUAAGAAAAAGAGUAGUAAGAAAAAGAAGGAUAAGGAGAAAGAAAAAGAAAGGAGUAAAUCAAGAAAGCAUAGCAAGUAUAAUUUGAAUAUAUAAUAGGAAACACCAUAAACAUUGAAAUAUAAC